UUUGUGAAAAACAUUUCGCGCAUGUGUUUAUAAAAAUAUUGCUUUUUAUAUAAUACAAAUAAUACGAUGCUAUUAAUCUCUUUCACUGAAAUCUUUGAUUUAAUAUAUAGAUACCGCAAUAUUGUAAGAAGACUCAUCAUGUGUUACGAUCAAAUGGUCCAGACGCAGAAACGGGAGUUAAUUAAGAAAAUGUUAGAUUGCGCCAUCGGGCGAAUGCUAGAAUAUAAAAAAGAAAUUGUCAAGCUCGAUUAUACGGAUUAUCAAUGGCCCGACAAUAUUUUAAAUCAAAUGAAAUUCACGCCAGACGACAUCGAGUUACUUGCAUCGGUGUCUGGCCGAGAACGGGUAGAGGAACGGAGAAAAUUUAUUCAAGAGUUGGUGGAAAGUGCCCGCAAAGUACCACAGAUGAGAGAACGCAGCCUCUCACAGGUACACCUUGAGAGUAUGCCCGAGACGGAGGAUGAGACAUUGAAGACGCGCGCCGCUCGAAGAAGAAUGCGCAUCGCGCAACCCUCGAAGGUGGAGUUAAUCCGCGAAUCGCCCAAGGAAAAAGCCGCCCGAGAAGCAAAGCUCGCUGCUGAGAGGAUUAUGCGUAGCGCGAUAUUAUUGAUGCAGAGUCACGAGAGAGCCAGAAAGGGACGUCGCUAUGGUGCAAAUGUGAAACGUAUAUACGAUUACAAUAAGAAAGUGAGGACCGGGGAGAUAAUACCGGAAGAAAUAGAUCGCAUCAGAUAUAUGAGAUACAUCAAGUCAGCGAUGACGAUACAACGCGCGUGGCGGCGUUAUGUCGCUCGAAAAGCUAUGAAAAAACGAAUUGCGCGUCUCGAGGAAGCUUUGGAUAUGACGAUACCAAGCUGGCGAUGCCGCGAAACAGUCACAAAGGACAAUGAUAAUUUUCAACGGCGACGUGCUCUGAUGCCUGCGUUCGACGCACACACGAAGAAGGCGAUCAGCGACGAACGUACGAGGCUCCUGAGAAUCAGAGGUCCCGGAUUAAUGGAGGACAUCACUGACGAGAUUCACGAGUGGUUCGUCGUUUGGUACAACACAUUAGGGCACUACGACGUGUUUCCGGCAGCGGAUUUUGGUGGCAGCGUGCUGAUCGUCACCGGGCAGACCUCGACGCCACAAGAGUAUCUAAUGGAAAAAUUAGAAAAAGAGAAACAGGCCAAGGCAAAGGGCAGACGAGCUGUGAAAAUGGUACCAAUUCCCAAAGCUGAGCCUAUCAAGAGCGAAGUUCCUGGCCGGAAAAUGCCGCAAACAGAUGCUUUAUCCUGCUUGGAGGAAGCAAACGUCGAUUUUAUUCGAAACUGGAGUUUUCGGGACGAAAAUGAUCCGGAGAAAGUAUAUCUGGAUCUAAUCACCGAGAAACUCUGUUACGAGUUGCAGCUUGAAAUGAGGGAGAUAGUGGAUGAAUUGAUGAGGGCUGAGCUAGAAUUAUUAAACAAAGCAUUACUGAAGGAUCACGCACGUGACAAAGAGAAAUUCGUUAUUCCAACAAUGGGCAAACGUGAUGAAUAAGAACCUAAUAAUUUUGCAUAUCUACCUAAUUUGUCUAAAUAAAAAUUGGAAAUUUUCGUUGUCAUGACAGAUAUAACGAUA